UGUACCAUUCUGUACUGCAUGCAUGCAGGUGUGGUGAAAAGUAAUUGCACGGAUGCGGUUUAGAACAAAUCUAAGUUAUUGAAAAACCUCAGCAAGAUGUUGUCACGUGUUUGCUUUCAUUUAUGCCAUCAGGCAAAAUCAAAAACGAGUAAUUUCACCUAUGCUAUUGCACAGCCAAAAAUGAUGCACACAAUUUGUCAUGGUCAGACGACAAUUUUAAGGAUGGUGGUCUCCAAUAAAUGUUUAAGAUAUACCAGAAUCUCUGAAGCAGUGCUCGGUCGUUGUGCAAGUACUGAUGUUACAAAGGACUCAGUAAAUUUAUUAGAUCAUAUUCCAGAUAUACCAACUCCUCCUGUUGAUGUGACACAAGUAUUAGACGUUAUCGGUGCAACAGGAGAACCAUCUUUGGCAAGCAUUGGUCUUUGUAACUAUACUCCACCGGGUCUGUUCCAGCGUUGCUUAGAAUUAUUACACGUUGGUUGCGAUAUACCUUGGUGGGGAUGUAUAGCCAUAGGUACACUUUGCGUACGACUGAUACUGUUCCCUGUGGUAAUAAUGUCACAGAAAAAUGCAGCUAAAUUGAACAACAAUCUGCCACAAAUGCAACAUUUACAACAAAAAGUAUCAGAGGCCAGAACCUCAGGAAAUCAACUCGAAGUUUUAAGGUACUCACAGGAAAUGUACGCCUUUAUGAAUGAAAAGAAAAUUAAUCCUGUGAUGAACAUGUUACCAUCUAUAGCUCAGAUUCCUGUCUUUCUCUCAAUAUUUACGGCUUUACGAGGAAUGCAAGAGGCUCCGGUUGAAAGUAUGCGCCAAGGUGGUCUUUGGUGGUUUCCAGACUUAACGGUACCUGAUCCAUAUUACAUCUUGCCAGUAAUUACAAGCGUUACUCUCUGGAUCACCAUUGAAGUUGGUGUAGAUACCGCUAGACUCGAAACAUUGGGCAUGAUAAAAUAUCUUCUGCGAGCUCUUCCUUUUAUUGUCCUACCUUUCUCAGUUAAUUUUUCUGGAGCCAUUCUUUGUUAUUGGGUCUCAUCAAACUUCAUUUCCUUGGCACAAGUUGGCUUGUUACGAAUACCAAAAGUUCGAAAGUAUUUCAACAUCGAACCAUUGAUGGCACUCAAUAAAGACGAUUUACCCAUAUCGAAAAAAAGCUUCAAAGAAGGAUUUCGAGAGUCUAUAGUCAACAUGAAGAUCGCAAGAGAACUCGCGGACAGAGAACGUCUAGAUGAAAUGCAGUUUCAGCGCGCAGGAAGAGGUCCCGUAGAAAAAACCUUCGCGUACAAUCCAAAAAGUCAGCCACCAUCUGCGAACAGCAUUUUAGCCCGGAAAAGAUAAAAUCCGAUUCUUCUAAGUCUACUUUAGUAAUAAAUCGAUGUUGAUUUAA